UAUUCGAUGGCAGGCGUUAAAAAGUGACAAAAUCCUAGUAUAGCUGAAGUUGUCGUGCGUUUUAUAUUAGUGGGUGUCUUACGUUAAGUGUAAGGUUAUGUCGUUAAAUAACGAUGAGACGUGGACUAAGUCCGCGAAGAUCUUCUCUAGGAUGCAAUAGAACAGCAUAAACGGUAGGUGGAGCUAAAGGUUAGAAAUGAUGGAGUGAUUUAAAAAUACAGCUGGGAAAACAUGGAACUAAAAUUUAACAGCGUUUCUGAAUUCAAAUCAAUGAAGAUGAGUUUCUCGUGUACUUCGCUACAACGCUCUAGCGAAAAUCUUGAGAGCACAGAGUUAGCGAGAAUAAGAACCAAUAGACCAUACAACAGUCUCACUAAGAAAAGAAAAGAUCCGAAUCAAGAAUAUCAUCAACGAACUUGGAUCAACCGAGAUGACUGUAAAGAUGAUUUUUGGGCCGCAAUCCGGUCCAAUUAUGAUUACAUCAUGGAUACAAAUCUCAUUGAUAGUUGCAAGGAAGCGGAUGGAGAGCUUAUAUGGGACGAAGGAGAUGUUUCAACAUUAUCCUGGGGAUUAAAAGAAGUCAGUUGUCAAUUUUCGGAACUAUAUUCAUGGCUAGGUAUUCUACAAGAAAUGGUUUAUUCCAAAGAAGAAAACCUUCUAGACAAAAGCCUUCGCGCUGCUCACAUGGAGGAGCUUCGACGUAAGGCUUAUCGACGACGACUAUUCAAUGAACAAGCUGCUAAACUUGUGGCUCGCACACCUUCUCUUAGAGAUGAAGUUGCAUGGCGAGUCGAUCAUUUGAAUGCCAAAUGGGAACUUGUUGAACAAAUAAUGGCCCCAGCUCAACCCGCUUCUGAACAUCAGGAUGUUUUCACUGAUUUUGAACACGAAGUCAAAUGCCUUAGAAAAUGGUUACGAGAAAUGGAAUCACGAUUGCAGCCUUUGAGUUUCAACGUUGACUGGACGUUUUCAGAGUUGGAGGAGAAGGCAACCGAGCACAUGGUUCUACAAAAAGACAUCGAAACACAUGGCAGGAUAGUAAACUCCAUCGUGAAAUUAGGCGAGCGAGUAUUCAAACAACAGCAGUAUAAUUUCAAAAACCAUACUGACAAUGGUGAAAUUGUGGAGAAUCAGCAAAGCCGUCAAUUUCAAGCAGUUCGUGUUGCUCAAUCUUUAGAAAGACGUUGGCAUCUACUUUUUCUACGUGCUUUAGAAUGGCAAUGUCACAUCGAAACACUUGCUACCCGUAUUUGCAAUAGGAAUGUCAUAUCUUAUCGAUGCAGUAGUGACAGUGACGAAGAGCCUGUGACAAAGCAGCCAAGAUUAAGUAGAAGGCAAUUCCGAGAACCGAGGAAGAAAACCUAUGGUGAUUCUGAGCGGCCUAGUCUCAAAAGACGCGGGGUGUCUGGACAUCUAAACCGUAAAGUUGGAGUCAUCCCAAGCUGUUUUUCUGAUAGCGAUAUGUCCUCCGGUACUCAGAAUAAUGACGAAGAAUCUUAUUUUGAGGAUGACAUAGAGCAGCUUUGUGUAACGGAAUCAAAACAUAAAAUUUCUCGAAGCUCUGAAAGCAUUGAAGUUCCACUACCAGGUGAUCAAGGUACAGACGGUGAUAUCGAAGAAGGCGAAGCAUCUGACGACGACAUGGCACCGACUUUAGAUCCAACCAUGACAACUGUAGACGAAGUUGACGGACCAUCUCUUGAAAAGCUGCUCAAGGAUUCAUCGAAACGGCGUAAAAUUGUUGACGAAAGUUCCUCUUUCAAUACGUCCGAUCGGAAAUCUAAAAAUUGCGCGACAUUUUAUUUCAAACAUCGCGAUACUGACUCGGAAGUUGACAGAGUUUAUGACAACGAUUUUGAUCAGAAUGAGUCUUCUGAAGAAGAAUGGACUUACAUGGCAUCACCUACGGUUACUUCGGAAAAUGGAUCGAACAAAAAUAAGACUAAUGUAGUUGUCCGUUUAGAUUUCGGAGAGGCAGCGAUUGAAGAUAUUGAAUGUCUGGAGGGUAAAGAACACGACCAAGCGAUUACUGAGAAUGGGAAAAUAGACAAUUGUGACAGCGAGGAUGAAACGAAGAAAGAUAUAAGGAAACUUAUAUUGGAAGUUGAAAAACUUGUUAGUGAGGAAGGACAGAAAGGGAUUUCGAAAAAUUUGCCGUCACUUAUUUUUGACAAUUACGGUCAGAAUAAUUAUCGGGCCAAGUACGCAAGAAUCAAAGAGUGGCUUAAACUUAACUCUCAUCAUCACACUGAAGAAAUUCCCUCGCUACAGAAUUGGCAACCAUUAGACAGCUGUGACGCAAGCGGUGAAUACACAACAGGCGAAUCUGAUGUGGAAAAACAAUCUAAUUCUUCAGAUGAUAUACAGAGCAGUGUCGUGACUUACCGGCAGUAUGAAGGAAUUGACUGCGUAAUGCAUUCAGUAUCUCAAGAAACAUUUAAUGACACGGACCAAACUUCGGCAAAUGAAGUAAGCAAUCCUAUUGGCCCACAAGAUGCUAGUACACCAAAAGUGAUGAUGCGCUCGAAGACAAAGUCAAAUGGACCACGACCAUGGAGCGUAUCCUGUGUUUUUGAUCAACUGAAUUCAACAAACGAUUCCACUAUCUCGCAAUUUUCGAUUUCCGAGACUGCCUUACAUCAACUUGUUGCUUCUCCGCCGAUUAAAUCUGUUUCUUUGGAUGCUUCAGAAUCUCGAGUGCCUUUUAACAAUUCAACGUCAACGCUUUUGGAAGAAUCUGGACGUUCAAUCCGUAAUAGUUUCUUACGAAAGAAGAAGUCAAAAUUGAGAAAGAAAAAUUUAAGCCGUAAAAGUGAGUCCGGUUCUGACGGAUUGAAUGGAAAUUCUGGUGGUAGUGAUGCUAGCGGAACUCAUAAUAAUCGCCCGGUACAAAAAAUCCAAGACCAUCGAAUGCGAUUUAAGAAACCAGAUUGUCAUCGUUGUUUAGUAUCAUUAGUAACACACGGAUCUACAAUAUCGUGUCACUUACAUAAUGAUGGAAUAGACAAAAGUUUUGUCGGUUACCCGUCGCCAUCAAUAAAAUUGACCUGUUGCACACCAGAUCCAUCCUCAGGAAACACGGAAGACAUUUUUCUCGCAAAUCAUGACACUUCACUGGAUAUUUUGAUAAAUAGGAAAGAAGUUAUAAGUCCAAUAAAUGGUGACAGUGAUGUAGAGAAAAAUAGUCUAGGCAAUCAUUCGUUUUCUGAACAAGCAUGGGACAGCUAUCAAGAAAAAUAUAUGAGUGAGCCGUACAGCGAAGCUGCUGAUGUUGAAACAGCCCGUAAGCUUCUUGACUUUGGUGAUGACUAUCGUAAUUAUUUAGAUAGUCAGUCGGAUUGCGCAUCUAGUUUGAGUGCCGUAAGAUCUUAUUCGCCACCACUUAUCACUAACCGCAUUUAUUCUAAAAUAUCAAUUAAUUCUUCAAAUGACAGUGAUAGUGACAGCGAUGACUGUCGUUGUGUUGUGGAGAAGUCAUAUAGAAAACUGCUAGUCAUGGAAAAUCAUUUUACGCGUAAUAACGCUAAUGUGAAGACAAUAAAAGACCAUAUGGAGUUCGAAAAUGUAUGCAGAGAUAAUAUUAAAUAUCUACAAUCAUUAGUGGAAGCUAAUUGUUCAAUGAGUGAAAAGAGCAUGAAACAAAUUAGUGGUCUUGCAGAAAGAUGGAAAAAUUUAUCCCAUAAAGCUGAAGAAGCUCAGCGCACUAGUUCUCUUCAACGGGAGAUGGCCGCGAUGCAUUUGGAACUUCGUUCAAUUCAUGAACGACUAAUUUGUCAUGAAAUAGUUUUGGAGCCUGCGUAUAUGAUUGAAGACAAUAUCAAUCAAAUCACAACGGAGUUGGCUACACUAAGAGAACACAAGAAUGUGAUGCUAGCACUGAAUGUAUCUGCCCAUAGACUUAUCACAGAGCUUGGCGCUACUGCAACUUCCGUGUCAGUUUCACUGAAAGAUGCUAUUGCUGAUCUUUACAGAAUAUGGGACGAAACGUUUCAGAGAGGAAAUCAAAAGCUUUGCGCACUACAAGCUAUUCAACAAUUUGGUACACGUCUUGCAGAGUUACAAAAUGCUCUGCGCAGGGAUAAAGAUACGUUAGCAGUUCUUGAUGCAGCUCUACAAGCCGGUGCGAUUACAGAAGUCGCCUCAUCGGUUCGUGACGUCGCGAGGCUUCUUUCAGAAAAGCAAAACACGAAUUGCCAGAACAAAGUAAUCAAGGAAGACGUAUUAACACUAGUAUCAAGUGAAAAUUUCGUUGAGUCAGGCCUAAUGAGUUUAGGUCAGGAGGGUGGGUCAUUCUCAGAUUCCGGAAUUUCCGAUAGUGGAAGUGAACAAGAGUUGAAUGAACGCGAACGUCGUUUAGCGGCUCUCCGUCGAUUGACUCGCAGCCUAGAGAGUCAACUUGCCCCAGGAAAUGAAGCUCUCACAGAGUUAUGGCGCAGGGUCGAGGACGCUGAAGUUGAACUGCGUAGCUUACAAAAACAGUGCCGUGAACUUAUUGUCAGAACUGCAGUCAGUGUCAAAGCCAAAGUGUCAACACGUUCUCAGGCUAAACAUCUAUCUAGCAAACGAAAAAAGCGGUUCGUCGACUCGGAAACAUCACGUAAGUCGAAUAAAAUGACCGGAACUGAUGAUCCUGAUGAAGAAUCCAACAAAUCGGAAAGUUGGGUUUGGAGAAUUUUAAAGGCUGCUUUACCUUUACAGUUAGCUCUUGUUGCUCUUUUCUGCGCAGCAUGUCUUUUAGAACCUCAUUGUUGUGAGGCUUCUAAUAAUGUUAAUUUUUUAUUUACUCCGCAACUGCGAUAUGUUCGUGGACCACCGCCGAUAUAAAAUGUUUAUAUAAAUUUUUUAUUUAUUUUUAUAGCUCAUAAAAAAUUUAUUUUUAAAAUCGCUAAUGCGAAUUCUAAAGGUUAUUUUUAUGUUGAGGUGACUUUGCUUCAAAAAUACCAAUUUUGUUUGGUAGUAUAAACAAUAUAUGUAAUACUUUUAUAUAGUCAGUCCCUAUAAAUUCCUGGCGGAUUUAAAUUACAGUAAAUUGCGGUAUUCUACAGUAAAAGUACGGUAAUUCACCAUAAAUUUGCGGCAAUCCUGCGGCAUUUUACGGCAACAUUAUGGUAUUUUUCGGUAAAAGUGUGGCCCUUACCGCAAAGUUGCGGUAACAUUACGGUAUUUCAUCGUAAACGUGCAGAUUUACUGCAAAAUUACGGAAUUUUACCGUAAAAAAGAAUUUAUUCUACUGUGUUACGGUAAAAAUGCCACAAAUUGCGGCUAAUUACCGUAAAUUGACAUAACUUACCGCAUUCUGCCGUAAAUUACCGCAAAUUACCGUAAAGCGCGGCAAAUUUGCAGUAAAAUAUGUAAUUUACCGUAAUUCAGAGCCGCUAGGGGUAAGUAUCUUGGAAAAGAAAGAGAAUAAAUAUAGCUGGUGCAUCAUUUUCUAUACUGACUGGCUAUAUAGUAGUAUGACAUAUAUGGUAUAAACCAUAUCCUUGACAUUACCUGCCCGAUAAAUUUUUACUUGUGUUUUGUAAAAAAAAAAGAGCAAAUGAAUAAAAAAAAAAAAAAACUAUUAUGUUCGUAAAUAUGUUUUAUAAUAUUUUCUAAGGUAGUUGUUCCGGAAAAUUUUUUUUUAAAAAGUAUCAUUUAGAUAAUUAAAUCACUAUGACCAUCUCAGUAAGUAAGAAACGGAUGUAAAUUAUGAACUUCCGUCGUGUUUCAGAAAAUAUUGUUGUUAUUAUAUAUAACUUAAUGCAUGUUAAUACACGGAAAGAAAUUUUCGUUAAAAAUUACCGUUAAAUUCACUGAAAUCGUGGGACAUAAUGCGGCGCUUUUAUUUAUUAUCAUUUUUCAAUUCAAAAUUACGGAAAAAUUUAUUUAUUUUGAGGUUAGACUUCAUAAACUUUACCGAAAACCAAAUAAAAUUUACAGUAGACUACGGUAAAAUUUGUUGAAAAAAGUUAAAAAUUAUCUUACUUACUGACAAAUGAUUGGGCCGUGUCAUUCGUCCCACGAUUACAGUGAAUUUAACGGUAAUUUUUAAAGAAAAUUUCUUUCCGUGUAGCGGUGAUGUUAAAAUUAUUAAUUUGUGUACUUAAUUUCUAUUGACGAUAAAAAAAAUAUUAAAUUUUAACCAAAAUAGUACACUCGGGUUCAAAUUUAAAUGAACAAAGAUUGCGCAUCGUCACGCUUCGUGCAUAUGAUGCAUAAGAAAAUAAUGAAUAUCUUUUUCGUUUUUGAUAAACUACGCAGUUUAAUUUACAAUAGACCAUAAAAUAGGUAGGUACUGAAUUAGGAAAACUUGACGCGGGACACUACCGUGUCUCCUGAUAAUGCAGUAAAUUUGGUUGAGGUCUUUAUUAAAAAGUGUACGGAACAACUGCCUUAAUACAAGACUGAAUCAAAAUUAAUUGUCUUUCAAAUAUUUGAGUUAACCUCCAAUUUUAAAUACUUAAAGUGUGGUCAUAGGAAAUGAUUAAAAUUAGUGAUUAAUAUUGGGCAAAAAAAAAAUUAAUAGAUAUAAAAAUUUUACACCUUUUUCUAUAUCAGCGAUUGCAUCUGAAGUUAAGAAGAAGAAAGUUAUAAAGUUUUAAAUUUUUUUAAAUAUUUUUGUUCGUGAUAAUUCUACCCGAACACUAUAUCGUUUUUUUUAUACAUAUUUGUAAAUAAAUUUAUAUAUUUUUAUGUUUGUUAUUAGAAACAGAGUUUUUGUAUUGUGUUGCAUGCUAAAAAAAAGCUUGGCAUAUUUUUUUAGUGGCCUAAAAUAUUUUAUGUCGCAUUUUGUUGUGUUUGCAUUUAUAUUGAAAAAUUGACAAUCAAUAAUCAAUCAGGAUUUUUGAUAAAUUAUAACGAGAAAAUUAAGAGAUAGGAUAUUACUAUUAAGAAAUAUUUGAUCCAUUUAGAAACACGGAAAAAAAAUUGUGGUUUUCCCAACCUCAAUAUAAUAAACUAUUAUAGUAGCGGCUACUCCGAUACGUAUAGUAAAGGGUACGAUGUAAAUAGUAAUGACUAUACAUUGUAGUAAACAUUGAUCGUAUAGUUGAGUCCGCAAAAGAAUGAUCUUUUCUCCCACUACUUGGGUAUGAUAAAGCCCAUGGAUUUGCACUAACGCGCAUGCGCAGCAAUGGCUUAGUCGUAGAAAAGUGGGGAUAGAGCAAAUCAUUCUGUUGAGGACAACUAUUGGCGUAACUACCCGUGGGAUUGAGGUUAUUCCAAGUUGAAGGCAUUUCUUUACUUUAACUUGUAGUAACCUCAACUACAGCUGCUAUUGCAGCAACUACAAUUUUUUUUCCGUGUAAUAUACAAAUUUAUAUAGUCGUCCCGGAGAAAGCUUGGGAUUUUUUUCCUACCACGGGUUCUUCCCCCACCCUUUAAAUGUUUGGCGCAUGCGCACAUUCAAUAGCGCAUGCGUUUAUUCCAAUAUUAUGGUGGUGAAAAUUUGAGCUUCGAAUAUUAAGUACUUUUAUAGUAAUGAUUUUAAAAAUUUUUCAUUCAUUUUUUAGGAGUAGUAAUAUCACUCAUAAAAAUACAAACAGUACAGGUUUUUUGUACGGGGGAUUCUUUUUGAUUAAAUACAAAUAAAUAUAAUGUAAGUUCUGUACGAUUAUUUUCGAAAUUAUUUCGGAUGUUUAUACAGUUUUAAUACAUACAUAUCCUACAUCAUGAUUAGUAAGUAAAAUCAUCAUUAUCAUCAUUAACAGAAUAAGUACUAAGCAAUCUAUGAUAAAAUCAAUUUUACAGAGGUUAUGAAUGAUGGAAUACAUUAUUAUUACUUAAUAGUUAAAAAAAACUCCGAAAAUGUACUUAAUAAAGCUUAUUUUAAGUGAUUAUUGAAAAAUUUAUUGUUUAUUUUUUCUUAAAUGCAGUGCAAAAUAUAACAAAAAAAAAGUUUGGCUUGUUCUGGCCUUUACGCAAUGGUAGAUUUGUAAACAAACAUACAGUCGAAUUUCAUUAACUCGGACAGUAAGUCUACGGAGAAGUGGAAAUUCCGACUUAUCGAAUGCCCCUUCUACUUUAAAAAGUAAACUACGGCGCAUGCGCAUUAUAGCAUGAGUGGGAGACUGCGCAGCUCGUAGCGGGGGUCAAGAUUGAGGGGAAGCUUUGAGUUAAUGGAAUUCGACUGUAUUUAAUUCGCUAUUUUAAUAAAAAAUAUAGUGUGUGGCAAAUACUAUUAAUAUUAUUAUUAUUAUUAUUGUUAUUGUUAUAAUUUUUAUUUUUAUUUCUCCCAUAAUCGUUAUAUUUUAUACUGAUAGAUAUUUAAAAUAAUUUCAAUAUACAAUUGAACAAGCACAAUAAAUAAGGUGACUUAUAAUCAAACAAACUUGUGCCUCAGUAGUUUAGAUCAAAAUUUAUCUAGAAUAUUAUUUAUUUUGAUAAAGAAAAUUUAUGAACACUGACCCCGAAUAGGUGAACUUGUAUUCCAAUGGAACAUAAAAUAACAAAUAAUGAUAUAUAUUUAUAAGUAAAAGUAAAUCAUGAAAACAUUAUAUUCUAUUUUUAAAAAAAUCAAUCAGUUCAUUAUAAAAUAUUUUUUUGUGUUCAAUAUUCUAGUGUGAAGUAAUGAAUGAGCAAAUUUAUGUGCACGGAUAAAAAUUUAGGCCUGAUGAGGUUAAGUAUUAUGUAUUUAACCUCACAUAUAUAUUAGCGAGGAGAAUCGAGUUAAUGGAGUUUUUAUACCUACGUAAAGUGGUAACUACACUGUAACAAAAUCAGGAGUAAAUUCGGAGUGAUUACUGAUUUUAUUUCAAUCUUCUUCAAAGUUUUAAUGUGAAAAUAAACUACCCUUUGAUGUGAAUUUCACUCCAAAGGGAUUUAAAAAAUAAUCACCCGCUUCGCGUUCACUCCGUAAAUUUUUUACAGUGUAGUUAGGAUUGUUUAUGCCUUAAUAUUAUUAUGCUAUGAUGCAUCUUUAUAAUUAUAUUAUAUAUACUUGUAAGUAUACUUCGGAUACUUAGAUUUCAAACAAAUUCAUAUUUUUAUUCAUUAUUCUGAUUUAAAAUAAAAUUUUAAUGGGAAAAUAACAUUUUAUGUUUCCGAUUGACCGAUUGAGUUUCAAUCGGAAUUUUUAAUGAGGUUAUGCCUCUAUUUUUUUUAAUUUAAAGCAACCAAUAGUUAUGAUAAUGUAUAUAAAGUACCUGAUUUUAAAUAUAGUUUUAGAUUGUUUGAAUAUUUUAUUGCAUUUUAUUCAUUCUAAUCAAUAAAAUAUUAUACAUUUUUCAACAAUAGGUAUAAUUAUUAUUAUUGUUCUGAUUAUUUUGGACAUACUAUAUUUUGCGCAUGCGUUUCUGAGUAUAUUCAUCUAUAUGUAAGAUAGAGUAUUAUAUUUUGAAUUGAAUGCAGAACUUUACAUUUGAAAUAAAAAUAUGAAAAACUCGAAAUAUUUGCGAGAUUUUAAAUUAAAUUUUUUUGAAAUCCCAGUUAUAAUUAAGACUAAAAAUUUAUAGUGAUAAAUUAUUUGAAUUCUUCUGAUUCCUAGUCUACAUAGAUGUAAAAAUACCUCCAUAGAUAGAAAAAGAUCUGAGUAUCCAAAAUAAAUUUUAGGAGGUUUACUACAUUUACUUUUGCAUAGAUUCAAAUAAUUUCUUAUAAGGUUUUAAGAAAAACUGAAAAAAAUUGAGUCACUGUAAGAAAAUUAUUUCUGUGAAAUGAUCGAUAUAUUUUGAUGAUUUAGUCAUUUAAAAUGUUAGUUUAUCAUAUUAAUAAAUAUGUAUUAGACUAUAAUCUUCAAUUUGUAUUUUAUAAGUAUUAUUGUAUUUUUGCAAUUUUAAAAAUAAAAUAAUAAAUCAUC